UCAGCCAGGCUCAAGCCAAUCAGGCCUGAGUCAACAAGGCCCAAGCCAAUCAGGCACAAGGCAAACAAGCAGGAGCCAACCAGGCCUGAGCCAACCAGGCCUGAGCCAACCAGGUCCGAGCCAACCAGGUCCGAGCCAAGCAGGCGCGAGGCUAUCAGCCUCCCGGGAACCAGGCAUGAAUUCUUUCCGAAUAAGACCUGCGGAGGCUCGAGACUGCCCAGAAAUCCUGCGCCUAAUUAAAGAAUUGGCUGCCUGUGAAAACAUGCUAGAUGCAGUGAAGUUAACAGCAAUGGAUUUACUCAGGGAUGGCUUUGGGGACAGGCCCCUUUUCUACUGCCUGAUUGCAGAAGUACCAACAAAACGAAGUCAACAAAGACCAUUAGGAAAAGUAACCGUUGGGUUUGCCAUGUACUACUUUACCUACGACCCCUGGAUUGGCAAAUUGCUUUACUUAGAGGACUUUUAUGUCACAGAAGCUUACCGAGGUCUAGGUAUUGGAGCUGAAAUGUUGAAGAGGCUAAGUCAGAUAGCCAUCAUAAGCCAAUGUAACUGCAUGCACUUCCUUGUCGUCAUUUGGAACCAGGCGUCUACUGAUUACUACACUCGUCGAGGGGCUUUAGACCUUUCCUCCGAGGAGGGCUGGCAUCUGUUCAGAUUUAACAGAAAAGAACUCAUGGAAAUGGCAUGGGAAGAGUGAAAGAGGACUCAUCAUAACUUGUCCCAACAACAGAGGCUCCAACAUUUGAAUGUCACCUGAGCCCUACAGCAGUUUGACUUUAAGUGUUGUACAAUACAGCAAGUGACCAAACUCUGGUUUGAGAUCUCUUACUUUGAAACAGAUUUUGCAGAUACAGUCAACUCUCCAUUAUCCAAACUAAUGUACUAAUGUGUUGUAGCUGAGCUGAUGAUCCAAAAGAGUAGAGAAUUCAAAAAUCACUUAUACUUAGCUUUAGGAUAUUUAUUUUUUUACCUACCAUCUCUCACUAAAUUUAAGAUGAUUAUAUUUUCACAUCUUAACAUGUCUGAAAUUGGGAUAAGUAUAAUGAUCAACUGGCAGUACUUUUUUCUUAGAGGUAAAUAACGUGUCUUAGAUUUGAUGAAAAAUGAGUGUGUUUGGUUAUAAACAGAGCUGAGGUACCAAAAAUUUACUUAAAAUACUGAAGCCAAAUUUUGAAGAGCUUACUUAUGAAAAACUAGUA